UAUAUAAUUAAUAAGUGGGAGGGCUCUGUGACACCGUGUAAAAGAGGAGGGAAUCAAAGAUCAGUUUGUAGGAUGUGGUUUACUAAUGUUGAUAGUUCAUCUCAUCUUUUUCAGAGAUGCUUAAUGUCGAACUUUUGUCACCUCUCUUUCAAGAAGAGUGUAUUUUGGUCAAGGAUAUCAAGUAAAUGCAUCAAGGAAAAUGGAUUUUGCCUCUUCUCUGAGUCAUCACUUCUUUGCCACUUGCGAAGCAGCUCCAGCUCUAAACCAGGAGGAAGAUCUGAACCUGCUAAGCAGCCACUAAGGAAACCAAAGCUACCAGUAGGUCGGUUUGAUGAACCAGAAGAGUCCAGUAUGGAGAAGGAACCCCUGGAAAAGCCUGCAGUUAGGAAAGCAGCACUUCAGCACUUUUUUGGAGCUUUCUUCCUGCUGUUCCCAGAUAAUUACUAUUAGCAAUUCACUGGAAUUUAGCAUUAGGGUAAGAAAAUAGCUUGAGGCAUUAACUAUUAGAUCAGCCAUAGAUACGGUUUUAUCAUAAAUACUGAUUGAAUAUUUUUUGUAACUUUUUGUUAGUAUAAACAGUGAAGAGCAGCAGUGGUUGUAUCCUAAAUUUUUCUGUUAACUUUCUGGGAGACAAAGGAAAAUUGUUCUGUGUGUAUGCAAAUUCUUGCAGUACUGCAAGACACUUGCUGCUCUUUCGUUUUCUUUACUAAAAAUCUCUGUGUUGUGUUUCUGCAGUAGGUUUUCUUUUUUAAAUUUGUUUCUGCUACUUGGCAUAGUUGCAUUUAGUACAUUAUUAAAAUUAUGGAGCCUUUAUUGUUUGAAGGAAUUGCACCAUAAUUACUUUAUUUUAAAAUACAUAAAGUUUCAAUUUACAGUUUAAGAAAAUAUUUGCUAUAUAUUGACUUGUUUGGAAAGUAUUUAUUUCGGUGUUGAUUUAUUAAGUUGGAACACAGAAUACAUAAUAGAAUCACAGUAAUAUUACUUGUGAUAGUAGCAUAUGUUUGUAAAGUACCACAGAAUGCCGUUAUAAUUCUUUACUGCUUUUUCAGUUGACUGCAAUAAAUGAAUUGCAGUGAAUUGCAAUAAAUUUCAGUUGACUGAAAUAAAGAAAUAAAUAAUAAAAUAAAUAAAUUCCAGUGGUCUGUAGUGACAAAUUAAAUGCCUUUUUGUGACCUUUAUUUUGGUAUUCCUGUUGAAAAAGCACCACACCAUCUUGUUCUGAAAUGUCAGGAAAAGGAGGAAAGCUUUAUAAGAGAAGCAAGUUUGGUACUUCUUUGUUUUUUGUAAUUGUUCCUGAGUCAGUACCUAUUAUCAAGUAUAUCUGAACAUAAGAAAGUGGUUUGAAAUGUGUUUUCAUGUGCUCAUGGAGAUCAAAAGCACGCACGUUUGUGGUCACCUUCUUGCUUUUGUAAAAUACAAUAUAAAAUACUUUUGCUUAGCUGGUGGCC